CCAGGACUUGGCAGGGGGCUGGGGGUUUUGAGUGCGUUUGGCAGAGUUUUGGUGCCCUGACUCAGCAAAGGGUAACAAAGAGAGGACGGCAGAGCCUUCCUUUAUUCCAUAAUCCUGUUUGCUUUUCUAGAAACCGGCUAUAGCCUCAGAAUCACUGACUCAAUUUUUGGAUCCUAUUCUCAUGACAAAGCGGCUGUCUGGUUUAAAAUGAGCCCGUUAUAAAAAGGGUGCCGCACUUCCUGGCUGGUUGUAACAGCUUCUGACAUUCCUCCAGCAGUGGGGAGUUGGGCUUGAACAGAAAAUGUCCAGAGCUGGACCCAAGGUCACCUUCUACGAAGACAAGAACUUCCUAGGCCGUUAUUAUGAAUGUGACAGUGACUGCCCUGAUUUUCACACCUACCUGAGCCGCUGCAACUCCAUCCGGGUGGAAGGGGGCACCUGGGUAGCUUACGAGAGGCCCAACUUUGCUGGAAACAUGUACGUUCUGACCCACGGGGAAUAUCCUGACUACCACUACUGGAUGGGCCUUAACGACCGUCUGGGCUCAUGCAAAACCAUCCAGAUACCAGGUGGAGGCCGGGGCCACAUUCAGGUCUUCGAGAAGGGUGACUUCGGCGGGCAGAUGUUCGAAGCCACCGAGGACUGCCCCUCGGUCAUGGAGGAGUGGCACCUGCGCGAGAUCCACGCCUGCAGGGUGCUCGAUGGCGUCUGGGUCUUCUAUGAGCACCCCAACUAUCGGGGCCGCCAGUACCUGCUGCCCAAGGGCGAGUACCGCAAGCCCGUCGACUGGGGCGCCGGCACCGCCGCCGUCCAGUCCUUCCGCAACAUCGCCGAGUGA